AUUUGCUCUUGAAACUCAGAGACCACAAGAUGGCUUUCUCUUGUCCAACUAAGACGUAAACUCUCUCUCUCUCUCUCUCUCUCUCUCUCUCUCUCUCUCUCUCUCUCUCUCUCUCUCUCUCUCUCUCUCUCUCUCUCUCUCUCUCUCUCUCUCUCUCUCUCUCUCUCUCUCUCUCACUCACUCACUCACUCACUCACUCACUCACUCACUCACUCACACACACACACACACACACACAUUCCAGGUCUGAAAUAUCUCCCCUAGGCAUUGAUAGUUCUAAACUAUUUUCGUUGAACUGUUGUCUUUUUUUAACCAGAAUGGCUCAGUCCUCCUUGAAAAUUAGUCUGCAGGGUUUGGAAUGCCACUUCACCUGGAAGUUGGACUACAGCAGAUCUAAACUUCAAUGCCUCAGAGAAACCAUGAUAGAUAUCAGCAGCAGUGAGGGGUUUCAAUGUUCCUGGGCAGGUCAUCUGUACAACCUCCUGGCUUACCUACACCAUGCUCUGGGCUCCACAGAGGACGCUCUUCAAUGCCUGAAGAAGGCUGAAGAGGCCAUUCGCCAAAGCAGUCCAGACGACGUGGAGCUAAGUCUGGUGGUCCACUAUGGGAACCUGGCCUGGGUGCACUAUCACCAAGGGGAGCUGACAGAGAGCCAGAACUAUGUGGAGAAGGUGGGGAAACUACUGCAGGACAACCCCUGCCCAGGUGUAGUGCGGGGUGAAAGGGCUUGGACUUUUAAUAAGUUUGAUGUAAGCAAGAGGAAGGAAGCACUAGAUUAUUUCCAGAUGGCCUUAAAAGGGGACCCUGAGAACAAGGUGCUGUGCUGCAGUUACGCCAUGGCAUUUAAUAAAUCUGUUGAUAGGAAAAACAUUACCCCGAAGCUGUGAUCUGAGAUGUUGGAGCAGCUAUGGAUUGCUAGAGAAUUGGAUCCAGAAUAGUUGACCAUCACAGUGAUGUACCUGCAGAGGCUUGCAGAGAGUGGCCAGGUUGAGGAUGCACUUAAACUUGCAGAGGAAGUGACAGAGAAGCCUUUGGACAGUUUUGGUGGAUUUGGACUCUUACUAUAAUUUUUCAGAGAUCACGUCUCUCAUGAUUCAAGCAUUGACCUGGCAAGAAGGACCAUGGAGAGACACCCUGAUUCACGCCAGCUGAAGAGGCAUCUUGGGAAGUGUUACAAAUGGAAGAUUUUCUCUCCAGAAGAGGAAAGGAACCCAAUGAGGCAUAUUCUGAUUGAAAAUGCAGUCAACCUUUAUGAAGAGUUGGUUGCACUCUACACAAAAUCCCUUGCAAGGUCAUGUUAACUGACUUAUAUUAUCUCACAGAAAAAAACAUAGAAGAUCUCCUAAACUUGUGUUAACCUCAGACUUUACUUUCGGCAUUUAACCCAGAACCCUAUUCUUUCCCCAUUAAUUUUCCCCAUAGGAAUGGCUAAACCAAAGAUUAUGGAUAUACUGACAAGAUACAUGUUUCUCCGCCCUAACAAUGGGAGUCGUUGUCCACAAAGCUGCACGGCGAGUUGUCUAGCACCCGCCUAUCCUUUCUUUGGAUUGGUGGAUACAUCUCAUUAUUGUUAUACUUUUUUGAAUAUUUGAUGAGGGUUGUUGACGUCAAUUGUCUGUAUUCAAUGGAGAGAGAUGUACACGUUGGCAGAAUACCUGACCACUGUGACUGACCCAAAAUUAAGGAAAGCUUUGACUAUGUACAGACUCAGUGAGCAUUGCCUUGCUAUUGAGAAAGGUCGCCAUAGGCAGACCUGGCUCUCAAGAGAAGACAGGCUAUGUGCACACUGCCCACAAAAUGAUGUGGAAUUGAAUUGAAAUUGAGAUGCUAUUCUACUAGCCUCAGACCAUGAAUAUGCAUAGCCAUCUCGAGACAACUCUGAUAUGAAGUGUUUUUUCUCAAAGUUGCUGGGAUGUCACGUACACUUGUAACAACUUCAGCAUUACGAAACUUCUAUUUCAUCAAAUAAACCUCACGUAGCAAAUAAGCCAUACAUUUUUUUAUUGACCAAAUUCGACACUCCAUACAAUUGAUAUCCAUACAAAAACUCAUUGCUUGGUGGGCGAAACAAACAAAAAAACGUCACCUGCUGGAGGGAGAUAGAUUUUCUGCCGAGUUGGGUCUCUCUCUUCCUCUUCUGCUUCCUCUCUGGCUGAACGAACCAGAGGUAACUUAUUUCCGGGUUUAAGGACUACAACAAAGAUAUUCAUAACUAACCCAAGACAGGUCUUCUGUGUCGUUUACAGUGGGAGCAAAUGAAGCAUAGUGGGCAGAACAAGGAAGGAGAUGGGCAAAGUCAUGCAUGAGCUAGCGAGAUCCUAUUGGCGCAUUGUAGCAAGUAUUUGCAUAUUUCUGUUAGGGAAUGCCUCCUUUGAAGUGCGCGUGUGCACAAUCUCAAUUCAACCUUGCCCUCCUUCUAAACAACACAUUUUUUUUUUACUUUAGCAAAGUGGCAACUCUAUAAAAGUUAGUGCACUGUGUUCGUAAAAUAUUAUAGUUUUGGGAACUUAAAAAUGUAUUGAGAUCAAAUGUUUAAUUGAUGAGAAAAUUAGCAUAAUGCAGGCCCAGUUUCACCAGAGAUACUUUAGAGGAGAUGGGAAACUCCAUUAAACUCUUAAUAACGCCAAUUGUGUACGUUGCCCACGCAUUGUCAAAGGGCCGCACGGUGCAUUCUGGGAUAUUUUGGGACAAGGACUUCCAUCUUCUCCCAAUACCCGCAAAUUGACUUCCUCUCACUGACAUAUUUGGUGGUGAGAAAACAUUCUAAACGGAUGCUUCAGCUUCAUAGCCCCUGUGACCUGUCUCUUGGUUACCCUUUAUGUCUGUAACUACAAGCUGGCGAGCUGUAUUGUCCACUCUAACAAUGAAAAUAAAUGUAUUCAAAAAUAAUCGGGAAAUGACAACAUCAGCUGGGACCUUUCUAGCCAAUGAGAGGGCAGUGGCACAAAUCAGAUAUAAUGUUUUUUUUCUUCUCUCAAAGUUGGCGGGAUGUCACAUGACCUACUUAAACUUUUUUUUUGUACAUAUAACGUGUUGGUCCCAUGUUUUAUGAGCUGAAAUAAAAUAGCCCAGAAAUUUCGAAUAUGCACCUAAUGUUUUCUUAUCUAAAAUGUUGUGCACAAAUUUGUUUACAUCCCUGUAAGUGAGCAUAUUCUCCUUUGCCAAGAUAAUCCAUCCACCUGAUAGGUGUGGCAUAUCAAGAAACUGAUUAAACAGCAUCAUCAUUACACCUAAAAAGGCCACUCUAAAAUGUGGAAGCACUACUUAAUGAAGAGCCAUUUGAGAGCCAAAUGAACAGCUCUUUUAGUUGAACAGAGCAAAAUGAUCCGGCUCACCAAAAAUACUUGGAAUGCCCAUCACUAUACAGUAGGCUACCCCUUCAGUCUUAGUCAAAUACAACACUCUUUUCCUUGCAAUGGUUCGACAAAAAACAGGAUUCGAUUUUUAUGUAAGGUGCCACCUAAUGUUUUAAUAAAGACAAUGCAUCCCUCCACCUUCAUCUCGUCUUGCCCUAUUGCUAACACACAUUAUUAAACUAAUUGCAUUCUAAACUGAAGAACAUGAUUAGUUGAUUAUUGGAGUUAGGUAUGGUAACAGGUGCUGGAGCAAAAGUGUGUCACCAAUCAGGCCACGAGGACUGUAGUUGCCCAUUGCUGCAUCACCAGUUCAGCGUCCAUAAAUUCACCCAUGUGUCUCUAUUUGUAGUCAUUGAUUUACCGACUGACAUGCAGAAGGCUGGAAUACAGGCUCAGAGUUUGGCCUGGUCAGGUCAAGUGGUCAGGUAAAACUCCUGGCCUUAAACAUAACAUUCUCCUUCCAUCUGUCUUCUCAUUCUGUCUCCUGUGGUGUUAUCUGUUCAUAGUAAUAAGAGGGCAAUCCAGUGUGAGGAAUAUGUGAACCCUGGCCUUGUUUAUUUACAUUCUGUCCCGUACUCUUAUCCUGUUUCUCUAUCCGGUUAUCUCGACUGAGGUAUAUUGGCUUCUCUCUCACAGCGAUUUAACAUUAAUGUCACAUCUCUCACCAUCUUUCACCAAAAAUGAGAUGAUGAGACAUUGGUUUUGAUUUCUCUAGAAGAAGAACUCGUAUCAUAAAAUGUUUCAAACAUUGUAAUAAAAUGUAUCUAAAAAAGCUAAGUCUGGUGGUCCACUAUAGGAACCUGGCCUGGGUGCACUAUCACCAAGGGGAGCUAAACCGCACGUGAUGUCAUAAAAUAAGAAACACUCAAUGCCAUAAAAUAAUAAACCUUUACCUCUGAUGUACAACACAGCUAGACCUUGGACCUGAAAGAGCCUGCUCUCUGACCUUAAUAAACUUUACCUGUAAGAUGUUAAGAUGUGAUACACAAAACCUACUUUUGCUCAACGUGUUAACUCAACAUUUCUGUGACUGUCAAUUAAAAUGGGUCAGUUAGCAAUCCACUAAAGUGUUUCUUACUUUUGCAUAGAGUAAAAAGGCUGAAUUAUGUUUGCAUUAAUUUCUCAGAAAUGUUAUCUAAAUAUUUAUUAAGUAAUUUGGAUGAUGGAUUGGUUGGUUGGUUGAUUACAGUUGAUUGAUCUUUAAAUGUAGAUGUUAUUAGAAUGGUGUCUGCAAUGUCUAUUCACUUUAGUCUCUAUUUGCUAGAAACAAAACUAUGGCUAGAAACGAAAUUUUGAUACUUGGUUGUAAAGUGAGGCAGUAAACAGCAUGACCAGCUGAGUCUAAGAUAAGAAUGUGGUCCAUACAGUAUAAUAUCAGGAUAGAAGCCAGUGAGGUAUCUAAUCAGACAUUAAUUUGCUCUUGAAACUCAGAGACCACAAGAUGGCUUUCUCUUGUCCAACUAAGACGUAAGCUCUCUCUCUCUCUCUCUCUCUCUCUCUCCUCGCUCUCCAGAGAGAGAGAGAGAGCAGAGAGGAGAGAGGAGAGAGCUCUCUCUCUCUCUCUCUCUCUCUCUCUCUCUCUCUCUCUCUCUCUCUCUCUCUCUCUCUCUCUCUCUCUCUCUCUCUCUCUCUCUCUCUCUCUCAAACACUCACACACACACACACACAAACACACACACACACACACACACACACGACACACACACAAACACACACACAAUCCAGGUCUGAAAUAUCUCCCCUAGGCAUUGUUAGUUCUAAACUAUUUUGAUUGAACUGUUGUCUUUUUUUUAACCAGAAUGGCUCAGACCUCCUUGAAAAUUAGUCUGCAAGGUUUGGAAUGCCACUUCACCUGGAAGUCGGACUACAGCAGAUCUAAACUUCAAAGCCUCAGAGAAACCAUGAUAGAUAUCAGCAGCAGAGAAGGGGUUCAAUGUUCCUGGGCAGGUCAUCUGUACAACCUCCUGGCUUACCUACACCAUGCUCUGGGCUCCACAGAGGACGCUCUUCAAUGCCUGAAGAAGGCUGAAGAGGCCAUUCGCCAAAGCAGUCCAGACGACGUGGAGCUAAGUCUGGUGGUCCACUAUGGGAACCUGGCCUGGGUGCACUGUCACCAAGGGGAGCUGACAGAGAGCCAGACCUAUGUGGAGAAGGUGGGCAGACUACUGCGGGACAACCCCUGCCCAGGUGUAGUGUGGGGUGAAAAGGCCUGGACAUUGAAUAAGUUCGAUGUAAGCAAGAGGAAGGAAGCGCUAGAUUACUUCCAGAUGGCCUUAAAUGGGGACCCUGAGAACAAGGUGCUGCGCUGCGGUUACGCCAUGGCAUUUAAUACAUCUGUUGAUAGGAAAAAUAUUACCCCGAAGCUGAGAUCAGAGAUGUUGGAGCAGCUAUGUAUUGCUAGAGAAUUGGAUCCAGAAGAUGUGUACAUCACAGUGAUGUACCUGGAGAGGCUUGCAGAGAGUGGCCAGGUUGAGGAAGCACUUAAACUUGCAGAGGAAGUGACAGAGAAGCCUAUGGACAGCUUUGGUGGAUUUGGACUCUUACUAACAUUUUACAGAGAUCACGUCUCUCAUGAUUCAAGCAUUGACCUGGCAAGAAGGACCCUGGAGAGACACCCUGAUUCACGCCAGCUGAAGAGGCAUCUUGGGAAGUGUUACAAAUGGAAGAUUUUCUCUCCAGAAGAGAAAAGGAACCCAAUGAGGCAUAUUCUGAUUGAAAAUGCAGUCAAACUUUAUGAAGAGUUGGUUGCACUCUACCCAAAAUCCCUUGCAGCAAAACUGGAACUGUCUGCCAUGUACAAAGAAUCUGGCAGCGUUGAUAGAGCAGAUAAGAUAUUUGAGGACCUGUUUCUUGAUAGAGAAGGAAUGGAACCACAGGAUUUACAAAAAUUCUACAACUGGUAUGCCAAACAUCUGUUUUAUGCCAAACAAAAUACUUACAGGUCAAUUGAUUUCCACAAGAAGGCAGCAGAGAUUAUGCUACCCACUCGCCAACAUGACAGCAGUAUUCGUGUUUUGUUGUCCACUGUCCAUAAUAGAGGACACAGAGCUGAGGAAAUUGUGGACUUUCUGGAUGGCCUUGAUGGAGAAGGUGAUGUCGGCCAGUUCUAUACCUUUUUUCCAAUUAAGUGUUGA